GUCAUGUCAGCUCAUAAAAAUAUUUGGUCACUUUUCGACAUGCGUGUGUGUGUGUGUGUGUGUGUGUAUUUUUUUUAAGCAAUUAGCUCGAGUAUAUUAGCAUGCUUAGCACGCCUUAAAGACCAACAAUUAGGACCCGAAUGGGUGAUGACGUCAGAGAUCUCGCCUUUGAACCCCCGUGAGGUUUUUUUUCUUUUUUUUUUUUCUUCGAUCUCUCGGGUCUCGCCUUUGAAGGGUUUUUGGGGGAAACAUCGCAGAAAAUGCGUGUUCGCCCGUUUCAUGUAAAUCUCCUUUUGUGUCCUGAAGUCGUUGAAAAGCUUCCGUCGGUUGACGCAGGGUCCGGUGACGAUGGGGUUAAGUCCUCCUCCUCCUCCUCCUCCUUUUUUCCUCCUUUUUCCCUCCUCCUCUUCCUCCCGGCGAGCCGAUCCGCAUAAUGGGAUGUGCCACCGCGUCGCUCCGCCGCUUUAAGGCCCGCGGCAGGUCAACAUAUUGAAGGCGGGAGGCGGCGCGACAUGGGCCGAGUCUCUCCGCGGCGGUGCCUGGGCUCGCUGCCGCUCGGAGCUGCCGAUUAUUUCGCCUCGGACGAGACACGCACGCGGCCACACGUGGACGUCCGCGGCCCGAGAGGAUCCGGCGGAGGCGGCGGCCAGGGGGCGCGUUGACCGCCGUUCCGAAGCCGAAAACGGGCCACCCGGAACACGCACACUCCGCGACCCGCUAUGCCGGUGACAGCCGCCCGAAGGCCGGCCACCGCUCACCGCGCACGCACGCCGGCUCGGGUGCGUCCACACGCUCGCCCCGCGCUCUUUUGCAGAUGAGGAUUCGGAGCGCGGAGACCCGCGAUCGAGUGAGACCCGUAUCGAUACGUAAUCCGACAAUAUGGCCGAUCAGAGCAACAUCCAGUCCGCCGCUUCCAAGAGCAUCCGACCCUUCAAAUCCAGCGAGGAGUACCUGUACGCCAUGAAGGAGGACCUGGCCGAAUGGCUCAACACCCUGUACGAGCUGGACCUGAGCGCGGACACGUUCACGGAUGGCCUGGAGACGGGCUGCGCGCUCUGUCGGCACGCCAACAACGUCAACCGGGCCGCGCAGGACUUCCAGCUGGAGUACCCCGAGGCGGCCCAGUCCAUGAAGCUGCCCCGCAAAGACGUGGUCUUCCAGUCCCGCAACGUCACCUCGGGCUCCUUCCUGGCUCGGGACAACGUGUCCAAUUUCAUCAGUUGGUGCCGCCAGGAGCUGCGGAUCAAGGACGUGCUCAUGUUCGAGACCAACGACCUGGUGGAGCGAUGCAACGAGAAGAAUUUCGUGCUGUGCCUGCUGGAGGUGGCGCGACGCGGCGCCAAGUUCGGCAUGCUGGCCCCGAUGCUCAUCCAGCUGGAGGAGGAGAUCGAAGAGGAGAUCCGAGACCACCAGGGCGCCCUGCGGAUGGACCCCGGGGAGCCGCGAGCGCAGAGCCCGCCCGCCGUGUGCCUCGCGCGCCGCGACGGCGACCGGAGCGCCGAGGACCAGCCUGAGCCGGAACCUUUCGUGUGGCCCCAGAAGAGAGUUUUGUGCGACAUGAGGAAUUUGGACGAGUUGGUCCGUGAGAUCCUGGGCCAGUGUUCCUGUCCGGCCCAGUUUCCCAUGAUCAAGGUGUCAGAGGGAAAGUACAAAGUGGGAGACUCCAGCGCGCUGAUCUUCAUCAGGGUCCUUCGGACUCACGUGAUGGUGCGGGUCGGAGGCGGCUGGGACACGCUCGAGCACUACUUGGACAAGCAUGACCCGUGUCGCUGCGCUGCCUUUACCCAUCGCUACCAUCAGGCCAAGGCAGGUGGGCAAAAUCAGGGAGGCCAGAGUAAGUCCUCCAGCGCGCACUCGUCUCGCUCCACAAGUCCCGGUCCGCUCUGGCGAAACGACGGCAUGGCACCGUACAAACCCUCCUCCGCGCCUUGCGCCUCUUCCGCUUCCGCGAGGCCGAGCCACCCGCAGGCCUCCUCCGCCCCCGCUGAACCCGAAGCUCGCGCCGGUCUCGCACGGCCGCCCAGAGACCGCUCGGAAUCUCGACCCUUCAACCCACUGAGGAAUAGGGAGACGAUGUUGCCGGUGAGCAGGCGUCUCUCUGGGGACAGCGACUCUUCCACGGCGUCCUCCAAGGGAGGGGGAGGAGGACGUCUCUCUCUCGGCGGGACCUCGCAACGCUCUAGUGACGAGGUUGUCUUGCUCGUCAAUCGCAAAGAGGGAAAGCAUGCGAUUGAGAGGCCCGCAAGUCAGAGCGCACCGCGCAGCGCCUUGCCGCGGGCGCGCAGCCAGUCUCGCGAACGCUCAGCGCUGAGUUCCGCGCCGAAAGCUAACCCGCCUCAAGCGUCGGACGGAGGACGGAGCGCAAGGACGGAGCGGGGCAGAUCCCUCGCUCACGACGGUCCCAGGAGGCUCCACGGUCCUCGUUCGCACAGCCAGAGUAAAGUACCUGGCCACGCGCGUGCCAGCGAAGGCGUGCCGGGGCUCGGUCCCGGCCACAGAGAUACUCAACCGGCAGAGAGACGAGACGACUCUCGCAAUAGACAAGCGCCCCCGUCGUCUCCUAGAAUAAGUGGCGGGUUGUCCAAGAGGCAGUCAUCCUCGUGCGCUAACUCGCCCAUUAAAAGAGUCCAAAACAACAACAACAGCCCCGGUAAGAAGACCGUAAACAGUCCAAGACUCCCUCGCAUGUCCUCCGCAGGAAGAGGCAGAGUUCUGCCGCCAGUCAAUUCAGGAGGUCGGCGAUCUCCUCAUUCGACUCCCCGAAACGCUCAGCAACACGCGGCCAACACUCCUCGAUCGUCCCACGGGCGAGGCCUCGGGAGAACCCGUUCCGGUCCAGGGCGUCAGGAGCCUGAGGAGGAAGGACUGAGCUGUGGCUUCCAGAUGCUGCCAACUUUGGACCCCCAGAGAGAACAAGACCUGUAUCGCAGCUUUGAAGCCGAGUAUUUGGCCAACACGCAGCAAGCCAGAGGAGCGUCCAGUAAAGUCGUGGGCCAGCGUGCUGCUAGAACCCACUCGGUACCAACGCUCAGUGAUUCUAAUAUCACAGAUUCUGCUUAUUCGUCCUCCAACUCCUCCUCUUCGUCUUUGAACGUGGGCGCAAAGAUAGGAGCCCUACCGGACCUCAGGGAGUCCAAAAGGGCGAAUCCCUGCCACUUUCCCCCCGAUGACCCUUUGACGUUUCUUUAUGGACAUAACUUGGGUCAAGGGGAGGCAGAACACUGGAGGGAGCACGGAGGGGGUCUCAAGAAGCUCCCAGCAAUCUCGAGCGACACGGGGCAGAAACCACAGGUUUCUUGUCCUGGAGACUCGAACAGACUUGCGACUCAGAUCGCUCGCCAAACGGUCCACUGCAAAAAUAUGAAUGGCGACCAUGCGGGCCAACAAGAUGACACAUGGCACAAAACCUCCCAAGGAGAUCUUCCCGUGGAGACUCACCAGCCAAGUUUAGCACACGACGGACAGAAUAGUGACGGUAGUGACGACCGCCUCCCUGCAGAAUCCUGUCCUUCGCCCGUCCCCCUGCCCUUAUCCGAGGAUUGCUCCUUCCAGGACUCCUCCAGCGAGAACUCUUCAUUGUGCUUCAGCCUAAGCGAAUCCCACUCUGAAUCUCCCCCGCCGACAUCUCCCCUGCCCAACGGCGACACGGGCAGAAGAGGCCCGCCCCCCAACGUAGCGCGGAUUUCCAAACACAGACCCGCAACCAGAACGAGGCCCCGCGCCGACAACGGCCCGGCGAACAACCCCUCUCGCAUCCCCACGCUGGUCGGCUUCAGGGACGCGCAGGUUUCACCCUGCCGCACGCCCCCGCUGUCCCCGCACAACUCCCGCCGCCACAACGUCCUGCACCAGGCCACGGCCGACGGCGUUCCUCCUCAACCUUGUUCUCCCGCCGUGGGCAGCAAGGAUCGCACCUUCCCCGGAAAGUCCGGGAGCCUGGAUACCGAAGCUUGCAUGUAGCACGAGACCUGUAGGGAGGGAACACCAAGGGCUCUUGUCCUUACUGUCGACUACUGUGUACAAAAAAAACUAACAAAAAAAUUACUUUGACUGUUUUAUUGCAUGUUAUAUUGCUUUUAUUUUGCACUCCAGCCAAAUCAUUUAUUACCAAAGGAAUGGUUUUUGACACUAAUUUUACUCUCAUUCAUUUGAAGGUGUGCUUGGGGAACAUUUUGCUAAUAAUAAUGUUUUUUUUUUUGGUUUGUUUUUUUUUUCGUUUUUUUUUUUUUUAAACUUGCCACUUAAAGAGUGAUAGAGUGAGCGUAUGUGCUGCCGUGUGGCCCUUUGCGGGGUGUGGUCAAGUGCCAGAGAUUUCAAACUGCAAUUUUUUCCGAUCACAAAACCUUAGUCAGAUAGAUUGGCGCCCUCUUGUGGUUUGCCUACGGCCUUGCAAGUAAAACAAAACAAAAAAAAAACAACUGCUGUCUUUCCUUACUGGACGACAUCUUUGGUUUAACAUCUACAUUUUUACACUAUAUACAUGGCUUGGAUUCUCUUUCAUGCAGUACAACUUUUUAAUUACUAUAUAUGGGCCAAUGAAGGUUAUAUCGCUUUGUCGUCAUUUUCACUGACAAAAAUGUGGAGUUUUUUUGCCUCCGACCAAACUACUUAAGAACCCACACGUGUACAGUGUGUCAGCCGCUUGGUAGAGAACGAAUGUGUAAAUAGAAAUACGUGCUUAUGUGCCCGCUGGGGGAGCGCGGGUGCUUUUGUAUAUAAGAAUAUAAUGUACAUAUUUCGCUGUAUCAAGUCCUGGGCUGCCUUAGCUAUGCAAUACCGGGUGGUGAAAUGCCUUGCCGAUUCCCUUUGCCUUAAGAUAUUUUCACAGCUUAGAUUUUGAAUGUUUCCGUUAAAUAAAAAAAAAAAUCACGACACUACAUUGCCAUCGUUUUAUGGUUAUUGGAAUUGCAGGAAAUGAAUAAAGGCCAUUGCCUAUUUUAGUGGCCUGUACAGUGAGGAAAAUAAGUAUUUGAACACCAUGCUAUAUUGCACGUUCUCCCACUUAGAAAUUUUCAUCGUAGGUGCAUGGCCACCGUGAGAGACAUACAGAAAUCAGAAAAUAUGAUUUUUAACAAUUUAUUUGUGUGAUACAGGUGCAAAUAAGUAUUUGAACACCUGUCUAUCAGCUAGAAUUCUGACCCUCAAAGACCUGUUAGUCCGCCUUUAAAAGAAAAGUCCACCUCCACUCCAUAUAUUAUCCUAAAUCAGAUGCGCCUGUGUGAGGUCGUUGGCUGCAGAAAGACAGCUGUCCACCCCAGACAAUCAGUAAGACUCAAACUUGUAACAUGGCCAAGACCAAAGAGCUGUCCGAACACACCAGAGACAAAAUUGUACAACUCCACACGGCUGGAAAGGGCUACGGAGAAAUUGCCAAGCAGCUUGGUGGGGAAAAAAGGUCCACUGUUGGGCAAUCAUUAGAAAAUGCAAGAAGCUAAACAUGGUUCUAAACAUCAAUCGUAGUGGAGCCCCCAUCCAAGAUAUCACCUCGUGGGGUCUCAAUGAUCCCUAGAAAGGUUGAGGAAUCAGCCCAGGACUAAACGACAGGACUUGGUCAAUGACCUGAAAAGACCUGGGACCACCGUGUCCAAGGUGACUGUUGGUAAUACACUAAGACGUCAUGUCAUGGUUUGAAAUCAUGCAUUACACGGAAGGUUCCCCUGCUUAAACCGGCACACGUCAAGGCCCAUCUUAAGUUUGCCAAUGACCAUUUGGAUGGUACAGAGGAGUCAUGGGAGAAAGUUUUGAUACAAAAAGUGAACGUUUUUGGUCAUAAUUGCACCAACUGUGUUUGGAGGAAGACGAAUGAUGAGUUCCAUCCCAAAAACACCAUCCCUACUGUGAAGCAUGGGGGUGGGGGUGUUUUUCUGCACAUGGGACAGGACGACUGCACUGCAUUAAGGAGAGGAUGACCGUGGCCAUGUAUUGUGAGAUUUUGGGGAACAACAACAACAUUGAAAAUGGGUCUUUCAACAUGACAAUGACCCAAAGCACACAACCAGGAAAACCAAGGAGUGGCUCCGUAAGAAGCAUAUCAAAGUUCUGGCUCCAGACCUAAACCCAAUCUUAAGAAGAAAAUCUUUGGAGAGAGCUGAAACUCCGUGUUUCUCAGCGACAGUGCCAAAAACCUGUCUGAUGUAGAGAAGAUCUGUGUCUGUGUGGAGGAGUGGGCCCAAAUCCCUCCUGCAGUGUGUGCAAACCUGGUGAACAACUACAGGAAGCGUUUGACUUCUGUAAUUGCAAACAAAGGCUACUGUACCAAAUACUAACAUUGGUUUUCUCAGGUGUUCAAAUACUUAUUUGCAGCUGUAUCACACAAAUAAAUAGAUCUUUCUUUUUAGAAGAUCUCUCUCACAGUGGACAUGCACCUAUGAUGAAAAUUUGAGACCCCUCCAUGAUUUCUAAGUGGGAGAACUUGCAAUAUCACAGGGUGUUCAAAUACUUAUUUUCUUCACUGUAUUUGACCGGUAAAGUCUUUGCAUAAAUAACACAUUGGCUCCUGUAACUGGAUAUAAAGGUUCACGUAUUAUAUCCGUGAAAUAUUCCCCUCCGGCUUGUGACCAUGGUUCCGAUAUGUUUUAAUAAGGCGGUUCUUUUAUUCAUUUAUUUAAUUUUAUUGAGUAAAAAAAAAAAAGAGGGAAUUGUUGUGUCAGUGUCCUGCAGACUGAGCAAAGAAAAGGUUCAAAUGAAUGCUUUUUCCACGCUGUUUUUAAGUAUUAUUAUUUUUAAUAUUAUCAUCUUUGGAGACGUUGCAGGGAAUUGACACAUUGACUCGGCUUGAAAGGACUGUGCAUAUAUAUUUGUGUACAUAUUUUAUGAGUGGGAUGAAAGGGGUUCAAGUUGGUCUUAUUUAUUUAUUUAUGCAGCAAUGUCUCAUUGGACUUGCGUGGCAUCCUUGACCAAGAUAUUGUAAAUUGAAAUAUGUCACAGGAGAGGCAAAUGUGAGCCCCGUGUGGAAAAAUCAUACACUAUUGAUUGAUAUUGAUUUUUUUAACUAAUGCGAAGAAUCAAUUUCUUAGAAAUCUUCGCCUUUUCAGUCAAUAAUGAAUGUUUUACAUUGACAGUUUCUUUUAGGCUUCAUCGGAGAUCCUUUCAUAAUUAACCUAUUCGGUGCGGAUUAUCAAGAUCAUAAACUAAAAUUGCGAUUAUCCAUAAACUCGAUCGUUGUCUCCCCCCCCCAACCAGCAAAAUCCGAGUGUUCAGAAUAUCUCUUAUGCGGUUUUCACUUGAGUCGGUUUAUUAAAUGCACACAUUGUCAAUCUUUGAUGUACAAAAGUCUGC